CCCUUCUCAAAGAGGAUUUCUGCUGGGAAACGCCCCCUCCCCAUCCGCGGGCUUGAGGAGAAAGACCAAGAGAGGUAGAAACAGGUCGUUCUGUAUAAUAAAUGGUGUACUGGUACCACCGGUACUGGGAAGAGCUAUUUGGUGAACCCGGGGCUUGAUAUUCGGCUCAGGGCGCUACCACCACAUAGUACCCCCUUCCCACAAUCCUUGCUGCUAUUUUUUUAAAAAAAGACACCACACACUUCUUGAGCACCAAGCAUGCUGGUGCUGCUUAGAGGAACAGGGGGUUGGCUUCCUAUGGCUGGUGUUUCUUAAGCGGCGAGCUCCAGACUGAGAAGGGCGGGAGCUGUCAAGCAAAGAAAGCCCGCGCAGGGAUUGUAGAAAACCGACUGGAGCCGGGGCCGGAGGCGAAGGAAGGGAGAGCCGCGCAAGAGCGCUGACGGGGAGUAGGCGAGCCGCCCGCUCUGGCCCGGUGCCACGGAGAGGAGGGGCAGCGAAUCCCCAGAGCCCAUUAAAAAGCCAGGCUUAGCUGAAGAAAACACCUCCCUAGAAGGCAGCAGCAGCAGCGGCCGCAGAAGCAGCGAAGCAUAGCUACGGUCUGCGGGGCUCCCAGUCUUCCAACGCCGGGACCCUCUUUCAGGUCCCCCCCCCCACUCGCCCCACCCCACUCCACUCCGGGAGAAGGGCCGACGGGAAGCCAAACUUUCGAGGCUGGCUGUGGCUUGAAGCGCCACGAGUCCCCUGGGGGUCGCCGGAGACCCAGAGGUUGAGUGAGUGCGUGCCUGUGUGCGGGUGUGUGCGCGGGCGGACGGGCGGGCGCGCCUCUGGAUGAAGCGGCAGGCGCCCUGAGCAGCCGAAUCUCGUCAGCCCGACCGUCCCCUCCUUGUCCUCCAAGAUGAGUGCUACGCUCCCGAGCCUUCUGGCCUCGCUGGCCGUGUUAUUCCUGGGAAGGAUGGACCGCCUCGCCGACGCCUGCAGCUGCUCUCCGGUGCAUCCGCAACAGGCGUUUUGCAAUGCAGAUGUAGUGAUCAGAGCAAAGGCUGUCUCUGCAAAAGAGGUUGACUCUGGUAAUGACAUCUAUGGGAACCCCAUCAAACGCAUCCAGUACGAAAUCAAGCAGAUAAAGAUGUUUAAAGGGCCUGAUCAGGACAUUGAAUUCAUCUACACAGCUCCUUCCUCAGCAGUGUGUGGGGUGACGUUGGAUGUUGGUGGCAAGAAGGAAUAUCUCAUUGCAGGGAAGUCCGAGGGCAAUGGCAAGAUGCACAUCACACUGUGUGACUUUAUUGUUUCCUGGGACUCCCUCAGUGCUACCCAGAAGAAGAGUCUAAAUCAGCGAUACCAGAUGGGUUGUGAGUGCAAGAUCUCUCGCUGCCCCUCCAUCCCCUGCUAUGUAUCUGCUCAAGAUGAGUGCCUGUGGACUGACUGGGUGACAGAGAAGAACAUCAACGGGCGGCAGGCAAAACACUAUGCCUGCAUCAAGCGGAGUGAUGGUUCAUGCGCGUGGUACCGUGGAGUGGCUCCCCCCAAACAAGAGUUCCUUGACAUUGAGGACCCUUGAGUCCCCAGGGCCAUGGCAUUCCAGUAGCCAAUAGCAACAACACCUGUAAGAAAUUAAGAUUGGUCCACCUUUGACAUCACUUCUUGGAAACAGCAUGAAAAUAAGGUCUCCUGGGCAGGCACGGUAAAAGGUGGGUGGAGGGGGCUAAGGAAGAGGAUGUCUUGGCCACCUUUAUAUUGCUUAGUCUGUUUCUUCUUCCUUGUUGUGCCAAGGUGUGGUUUCUUAACUUUUUUGUGUCAUAGCAGCCGAUCCACCAAGGCACAGUGGAGAGAAUCAGAAUUAACAGUAUGACUUGCUGUCAAAGGUGUUGUCUCUGAUUCUGUGUAGCUGGCCUACCAGGUUCUUUUCGCCUUGAGAAGGGCAUCCCUCACUGUGGAGACAGCUCCCACCCUGCUUGUUUCUCACCCUGCUGGCUUUUGCUUGUUUGAAAACUCAUACCUCCUCCACACACACCCAUCCAUAAAACACUGUUGCCACAUUCACAGAUACAGGUCUCUCUUAGCCCCCAUAAAAUAAAAUAUUGGCUGUCACAAGUCAUGGUAUCCUCUUGCUCUAGCGAAGUAUGUUGUUUUCCUUUCCCAAGGACAAAAGAGCCUUGAGGAAAAAAAUAGUUGAGAAUCGACCAUUUGAAGGUCAGUCUUUUCUUCUCUUCAAGCAAAGCACUUUGGGAACAUAAAGCUGACAUAUAGUCAUUAAGCCCCUGUGUAUGAGAGAUGCAUGCAGAUUCCUGCUGUGUGUUCCUAGGUGUCAAGUUUCAUUACGAGAACAUUUGCCUGGCCAUCUAGGUUAGCCUGUCAGGCUUCCUAGUCAAACCAUAUGCUUUACCCGCUUAGUAUUGCAUGCCUGUGCCAUUCAUGUAUAUCUGGUGCCAAAACCCCUUCUUGGUCUUCAGACAGACUUGCUAUUCCCUUGAUACGCACAGCGUUUUGUGGACCAAAAGAGCUUCCCUUCCUCUUCUCUCUCCUGCUGAUUGAACAUUCUUGCUGUGCAGAACAGUAAUUUUUAACGUGGCCAGUGCAUCUCCAAGAUCUGCCAGAUGUCCUAUGUAAAAAAUGAUUCUUUUGCCAGGAACUCCUCUGAAGGAAAGAGGUCCCUCCCACAUAUGUGACUACAAGAGCAGGCAGGUCAAGGUAUAACCUUGUAAACUGUGAGUAUAAAUGCUAUGUUAUAGUUAGGAAAUGGAUCUUGGCUGCCGGCAAAAGAAUCCUUGCUCAUCUCCUGCCUCUGACUCCCUCCCUCCCCUCCCCUCUUCUGAGCCAAUUCUCUCUCUUUCAUUGUGCCCCCUGAGCUCUGUGUAGGCACCCGCUCUUGGCAAUACGCAAAAUCAGUUUGGAGGGUGUCCAAAAACUACAACUAGCUAGACCUGUCCCUUAGUAGCUUUUUCAUGCUGUUCAUCAAGGUAAGAGUUUAAAAGAUGUCAUAUUGGACCAGUCUCUUUGAUUUCAGUAUAUUUUAAGAAAGAAGGAAGAAAAAAACUGUUCAGGCCAAUAUAAGACUCCUGUUUUGCUUCCUGUAUGGUUAUAGCCUAUGUGACAUUUACCUCUUUUUCUCUCUGUUUCUCUUUGCUGAUAUUCUUUGAUUUUAAUGUUUUCCAUUUGUUUUGGCAAUCAGUUGUAUCAUUCCUCUACUCCAUUAUUUUCUUUUUAAUUUCCUUGUUUAGCUGUUAGAUUUGCACUUAUUAUUAUUAUUUUUUUAAAAAGGGGGUUCUGCAUUGAAAGCUUUUAACAAUGGGAAGAAUGCCAGAAUUGUAUGGAGGGUGGACUUCCUCCAAUUAUUACCGAGUGCCAGUGGGGACAGUAUUUCUCCUCUUGUCUUCCUCCUCAUGCCUCUGCAACACGUACAGGUGUGUGGGGUUUUUUUCCCCUCUGGGGGUUGUAGGCUGGCUGUGACACGUGACUGCUUCUUGCUAGCCAAAUUGCAGCUCUGUGCCUGCCAGUGAGCAAGAUACUCCUGCCCUUCCAGUAGCAACCAUUGUGGAAGAUCUAUUUAUGGAAAAGCAGUAUCAAAAGCUCUUCACUUGGCUUAAUUUAUAUAGCUGUGUGGUUUUGUGCCACACUGAACCUUCCCUGAUACAUUCAUACAUAAAUGCAUACAACUCAGUUUCCCCUUUUCCAUGCCAGCAACUCAAAAUAUUUAAAAAAAAGGUUUACAUUAUUUUCAAAUCUUUGCUUAGUAAGUAUGAAAAAUAAGUAUCUAACGCUGCCAUAAUUUAAAGCUUAUUGGGGAACUGGGGCUGGGAUGCUGUUUGGUGGGUGGAGUAAUAUGGGGGGAAUGGGGACCUUUUUGUUGUUGUUGGAUUCUGAAAGCUGAGAUUUUCUUGUGCUGGGAACACAUGAAAGUUGUUGAAUAGACAAGCAGACUGUGCAUGUCUCUGAUGCUUUGUAUAAUUCAUACGUGGACACUUGAGUCUUUGGACAAUAAACAGUAUUAUCAAAUAAUA